AGGCGUGCAUUUGCCAAACCCCUCGGCCCACACUUGACUCCCAUUUUAUUUUAUUUUCGUUGCCUUUAACUCGAUUGAUAUUGAUUUUUUUGAUUCUUUUUCCAUUUAUCUCUACUAGUGUAUUGAAUCUUUAAUUUGUCUCCAGUUCUCUUUUUCUUCAUUGGCGACUUCAGUUUCUUUUUUUGGUUAUUAUUCCAUUCUCUGCAUUUCAUCAGCUUCUCUGUCUCUCUCUCUCUCGAGUCUCUGCAGUAAGUACAUCGGCAGUCAGGUACUACUACUUCUUGUUCUCUGUCGUAGACAAACUAAAACUGCUAAAAGGAAGAACAUGUCGGAGGAAUAUUUUGGUUCAGAUCGAAAUUUUUGGAGGUACAGUUGUUCAUAAUCAUAACCACCACCACCAGCUCAAGCUAAAUCUCUAGUUGUACAUCAGGUGAAAAAAAGAGGUGGCUUGGUUCUUUGUUGUGGUGUUGCAUGUACAUAUAUGAUAUGGUUUUGCUAACAAGUCCUUGUAGCAGCAGCAGGAGGAGGAGCAAUUGUAGUUGUAGAAAGGUGGUUGUGGUGGUAUUGGUGGUUUUAUUAUAUUUUGUGGUUCUGGGUGUUGGAGAUUCUUCUUCUGAUGACGAUGAAGAUGUUGCUGGAUUAUUGUCCUUCAAAAGUUCUUCCAUCAAAACUGAUCCCACUGGUUUCUUAAGCACCUGGAAAACUUCUCAUUCUGGUUCUCCAUGUUCUUGGAAUGGUGUCAUCUGUUCUACUAUUACUAGUACUAGCAACAAUGAACAAGUAGGAAGAGUUAUUGGUUUGAACUUCACAAACGCCAGUCUUACCGGUCCGUUCCGUUUCGAUGUUCUUAUCAAUUCUCUUCCUUACUUGACUGAUCUUCAUUUAUCUUCUAAUUCUUUCUAUGGUGAUCUCUCCCUUAACAUCAAUACCAACAACUGUAACAUUCAAACUCUUGAUUUGUCAUCUAAUAACUUCUCUUCUUCUUCAAAUAACCAUCCUGGUACUUCUGUUUCAUUCUUAGCAUCAUGCCGCCGUCUCAAGUUUCUCGAUAUAUCUCGUAAUCAAAUUUCUGAUCACAACCUUCUGAAUUACUCCCUCUCCGGCAACAACUGUGAUUUGUCGUCCACACUCAAUCAUCUCAACUUCUCAUACAACAAGUUUUCCGGUAAGUUACCUGCCUACACUUCUUCUUGUAAUACACCGCCUUCUCUUUCAGUUAUAGAACUCUCUCACAACAUCUUAGAUGGCAAUAUUCCGACUGGUUUCUUUGCUUCAUUUCCUUCCCUGAGUUACCUUGAUCUGUCCAGCAAUAACUUCACCGGUGAUUUCUCCACCAUUAAGUUUGGGGACUCUGACUCGAACAACUGGUGCCGUAAUCUCACCUACUUAAACCUCUCCCACAAUUCUCUUUCUGCUGGAUUCCCACCAACCCUAUCUACCAACUGCAAUCUUCUCAAUACACUAGACCUCUCUCACAAUUCAUUUCAUUCCAGCAUCGACGAUAUCAUCCCGUCGUCGAACUACUUCGGAAACUUCCGCAAUUUGCAGCAUCUGUCAUUGUCCAACAAUGGCUUCUCUGGUGUUAUACCUGCUGAUAUUGGUCUUACUUGUGGCUCUCUCAUCGACCUUGAUCUCUCCGGUAAUUUACUCACUGGCGGACUUCCUUCCACCUUUACCUCCUGCAGUUCCCUUCAAAGCCUCAAUCUCGGCCAUAAUCAGCUCUCAGGUGAUUUUCUCGAUACCGUUGUCAGAACCAUCUCAUCUCUUAGAUAUCUUCACCUCCCUUUCAACAAUAUUACAGGUUCUAUUCCUACUUCAUUGUUAACCAACAAUACUCAGCUUCACACCCUGGACCUCAGUUCUAAUGAGUUCUCUGGCAAAAUCCCUCCUUUGUUCUGCUCUUCAUCUUUGGAUUCUUCUUUACAAAAGCUUCUCUUGCCCGGUAACUUCCUCUCAGGCAGUGUGCCUCCAGAGCUUGGGAACUGCAAGAACAUGAAGUCACUUGAUCUUAGCUUCAACAGCAUCACUGGUUCGAUUCCUGUACAGGUUUGGGAACUUCCUAAUCUUACUGAUUUAGUCAUGUGGGCAAACAACAUAACUGGUGAAAUCCCAAACACAGUAUGCACCAAUGGAAAUGCUUACUUAGAAACUCUGAUUCUCAACGACAAUUUGAUGACCGGGACACUCCCAGACUCCCUUGGCUCUUGCACUAAAUUAUUAUGGGUGUCGUUAUCCACCAACAGAAUUAGUGGAAAAAUUCCGUCCGGUAUUGGCAACUUGAAGAACCUUGCCAUUCUCCAAUUGGGCAACAAUUUACUCGACGGUGACAUCCCGCCUGAGCUUGGGAAUUGCGAGUCUCUCAUAUGGCUGGAUCUUAAUAGUAAUGCCUUGACGGGGUCCCUGCCACCGCAACUUGCUGAUCAAGCUGAUCUAAUUACACCUGGCCUCGUCUCUGGCAAGCAAUUUGCCUUUGUAAGGAAUGAAGGAGGGACUUCUUGCAGAGGAGCAGGAGGGUUAACUGAAUUCGAGGGAAUUCGAUCAGAGAGACUGAUAGGCUUACCUACACUGCACUCUUGCCCUUCCAUAAGAAUAUACACAGGUUUAACAGUGUAUUCAUUUGUCAGCAAUGGCAGCAUGAUCUACUUGGAUGUCUCUUACAACUCACUGUCAGGAAACAUCCCUAGUAGAUUUGGUUCCAUGAACUAUCUUCAGGUCUUGAAUUUGGGACACAACAGACUCACUGGAAGUAUCCCUGACAGCCUUGGUGAUUUGAAACAGGUCGGCGUACUGGAUCUCUCUCACAAUUAUCUUGAAGGUUACGUUCCUGGUUCACUGGGAAGCCUUUCUUUUCUCAGUGAUUUGGACGUCUCCAAUAACAACCUCACAGGUCCAAUCCCUUCUGGAGGGCAGCUGAUCACAUUUCCUGCAUCAAGAUAUGAAAACAAUUCUGGCCUUUGUGGUGUACCCUUGCCCCCUUGUGGUGCUGGUUCUUCGGGGUCUCGUUCAGAUUUAAAUCGACAUAGAAAGAAGCGGCCGACUUCUAUGGCAGGGGGAGUGAUCAUUGCGAUCCUCCUUGCCAUGUUCUUCAUAGUUGGGCUAAUGUUCGCUCUUUACAAGGUGAAGCAUUCACAUCAGAAAGAGGUUAAGAGAGAUAAAUACAUUGAGAGUCUUCCUACGUCAGGCAGCAGUAGCUGGAAACUUUCAGGCGUGCUUGAGCCACUAAGUAUCAACAUCGCCACAUUCGAGAAGCCACUGAGGAAACUGACGUUUGCCCAUUUGCUUGAAGCAACCAACGGUUUCAGUGCAGACAGCAUGAUUGGGUCUGGUGGGUUUGGGGAGGUAUAUAAGGCUCAGUUGAGAGACGGGUGCACCGUAGCUAUCAAGAAGUUGAUUCAUGUUACGGGUCAGGGAGAGAGAGAAUUCACUGCAGAAAUGGAAACUAUUGGGAAGAUCAAGCAUAGAAACCUUGUGCCGUUGCUGGGUUAUUGCAGGAUUGGAGAAGAGAGAUUACUUGUGUAUGAGUAUAUGAAAUGGGGAAGCUUGGAGUCGGUACUUCAUGAUGGAAAGCCAAUGGGGGGUUGCUCUAAAUUGGGGGGAGGUAGAAUAAAUUGGGCAGCAAGAAAAAAGAUUGCUAUAGGGGCAGCGAGAGGGUUGGCAUUCCUACACCACAGCUGCAUCCCACACAUAAUCCACAGGGACAUGAAAUCGAGCAAUGUACUUUUGGAUGAGAAUUUCGAAGCAAGGGUGUCUGAUUUUGGGAUGGCAAGAUUGGUGAAUGCUGUCGACACUCAUCUAAGUGUUAGCACACUUGCAGGAACGCCUGGAUAUGUUCCGCCAGAAUACUACCAGAGCUUUAGGUGUACAACGAAAGGGGACGUCUAUAGCUAUGGUGUUAUACUUCUGGAGCUUCUUUCAGGCAAGAGACCCAUUGAUCCUUCUGCUUUUGGUGAUGACAACAAUCUAGUGGGCUGGGCAAAGCAGUUACAGAGGGAGCAGAGAUGUAACGAAAUAAUUGAACCUGAUCUCCUGCAAAAGACAACACCGUUUCCUCCACUCAACAGUCCAACUGCUACUAGCCAUCACCACCAUCGUGACCAAUCUUUUGGUGAGGCCGACGCCAAUGCUGGGGCAGCGGCCAUAGAUGAGGCUGAGCUACAUCAAUAUCUGAAGAUUGCUUUUGAAUGCUUGGACGAUAGGCCUUUCAGACGCCCCACCAUGAUUCAGGUAAUGGCCAUGUUCAAAGAACUUCAAAUGGAUUCAGAAAGUGAUAUUCUUGAAGGCUGCUUCUCUGUGAAAGAAACGGUUGACUUUGAAGAACCAAAAGAGAAAGCAGUACAACCGUGAUGGAUAAAUAAGUAGUCCCUCGUGACUUGUUUUGAAAUAAAUCACUGUAUUCCUGAUUUUUGAAACUUAUUUACUGUAAAUAUAGCACAGGAAACAAAGAGCAUUUUUUUAAUUGAUAUGCAGAUGCAGAAGUUUAGAUUGAAAGAUAAAAUGGCUGGGGUGUGAGGUAAUCUUAUCUUAUUAGUAGCAUCCUUUCAUUUUUCUCAUGUAA